CAGUGUACGAGGGAGCAUUCGGCGUUUAACUUUGCAAAUCGAUUGAUCGGUGGUCUCAAACCAUGAGGGUUCUGCUAAUUGCUUCUCUGACCCUUUUGGUCACUUUGGCCAAUGCCAAAGAACCCGAAACCACUGCCGAGGUUCUUCAAAACAUUUACCACAGAUGCGUGGACAGUGACUCGAUAUUAUCAUGUGCGAAACCAAAGGUCCUUGCAUAUUUGAGUAGAGUGAUGAAGGAAGACAAAGUCGCCAUUACGGAAGAUUUGUCAAUUGUGAGAUCCAUGCCAGACAUCGAUAACAAUAAUUUCGAAGAAUAUUACAUUUCUCAGGAUUCCGUUGAUCCUACCAGGAAGGAUCUUCUUCGAUCUCUGAUGUUGGAAAAGUUGGACUCAUACCUCGCAAGUCAUAGAAUUGAAGCUAAAUUACCUGAAGCUAUUGUCGGUUCGAAUAUUGUUCCUAGAACUCUUGUAGAUUCCGUCCCAAGGGAAGUCAGUGUUCCUCUCUGUGAUCAAGACAAUAAUCAAGGUCGAGGUUUCGUCAAGAAGGUCAUGAUUCCGUUCCUUUUAGGUCUCAAGUUCAAGGCCACUGCAUUGGUACCAUUGGCAUUGGCAUUAAUCGCAUUAAAAACUUGGAAAGCCCUCACACUUGGACUUCUUUCAUUAGUUUUAAGUGGUGCUUUACUCAUUUUUAAAUUGACGAAACCAAAAGUUGCCUACGAAGUGGUCCACUACGGUCAUCCACCUGUUGAACAUCCACCACAUUGGGAUACAUCACCACAAGGACCAUACAGAGCCUAUCGAAAAUAGUCUAGUAUUUAAUUAAUUAUUUAUUUAUAUCAAAUUGAUUUUGAUAUUUUUUUUAUUUAUUAUGUACAAAAUAAAGUUUCAACUAUAUUUCCUAAGGAAACCAAAAAA